AUGCAUUCUCUCGUCGCUCAGAGCGCCCUCUGUAAUAAUUGCGAGUCCAUCAAGCUAAUCAGACGCUACUCCUUUCUUACUUCUAAACCUACCUCUUUCGCUCACCUCUCUCCAAUAAUGAUCCUCUUACUCUCCAACUCCGACCCCAUCAAUGGCGAAUCCAAGGCUUCCGAACCAGUUCUUCACUUCCCCUUUAAUGACCGCAUUUACAAAACUCACCGUCUUAGCAAAGACAUUGACAGCACAUGUUCCACACCUUACGUCAGCGCACCGUCGAGCCCCGGCCGUGGCUCCCCUUGUCCAUCCGGCUACUUUUUCAGUGCUCCGGCGAGUCCAGUGCACUUCGUACUGUCUACAGCUGCGGCUUUGUCUUCUAAGUCAAUAUUGUUGCCAACGGAGUCGUCGUUGAAUUCGUCCGGUUCGUUUGAGUUCGAGUUCUCGUCAAGAUUUUCGCCGAACGGUUCGACGGUGAAUGGAUCCAUGAGUUCGGCGGAUGAGUUGUUUUUGAACGGCAAGAUACGGCCGAUUAAGCUCUCGUCUCACUUGGAAAGGCCUCAGGCCUUGGUUCCAUUGCUAGAUCUAGACGUGGAAGACGAAGAGAAAGAAAACGGUAUUAAGGCUUCAGAAUUGGGAAAGAGUGAGGAGUCGGUCACAAGAGGUAGAGAUCUGAGAUUGCGUAACAUAUCUCAUCACCGAAAAGCCAGAUCUAUGUCUCCACUCAGAAGAAGUGUGGCGUUUCAGUGGCACGACGAAAAAUUAUCUGAGCAAAAAAAUUCAGAGGUAGAUGACGCUGAGAACAUAAAACAGAGUGAUAUGCCUUCCAUUGACACGACGCCGUUUGGUUCCGCAUCUUCUUCGAGGUCUUCAUCAUCUGGAAGGAACUCGAAGAAGUGGAUAUUCUUGAAGGAUCUACUGUAUAGAAGCAAAAGCGAAGGUAGAGGAAUUAAUAAAGAGAAGUUCUGGUCUUCGAUUUCCUUCUCGCCAUCGAAGGAGAAGAAAGUUUCUUCACCAACUCUCACUCCCUCCUCUUCGAGAGAUGGAAAGGAGAAGGCUAACAUGGAGACACAGAGGCAAAAGCUGUUUAAGCAAGUUCCGGCGAAAAAAUCGGCUUACGGUAAACUUGCCAACGGCGUCUCGAAGCAGAGGAUUCCGUUGUCGCCGCAUGAGUUGCAUUACGCGGCAAAGGCUGAGGAGAUGAAGAAGAAAACUUUUUUGCCAUACAGACAAGGUCUUCUUGGUUGCUUGGGGUUUAGUUCUAAAGGUUAUGGCGCUCUGAAUGGACUCAACAAGACGUUGAAUCCAGUGUCUUCCUGGUAAACCGUUGUUCUUGUUUUUGUAUAGUUUUAGGGAUAAUAUUAUUUUACGUUUGGUAGCCUUAAUGCUUCGAUAUAGUGGAGAGAGCUUCGUCUGGAUAAUUAUUGGCAAGAACACAGAAGUUUGGAUCUCCCUUAUCGAUUUGCUAGUUCAGCUAUUGGCAUGUUAGGCUCUGGCCGUUGGUUUAUCAUAUUAUGCUUUCUUAUAGGUUGCAAUAAUCCAUUGCCUGUUAUUAGUUGAUUUUAACAUUGAAGGGGUUUUCCUGGCAAUGAUACAAAAUGUAUUGAAUCUUUAAAAGUCUAUAAAUUAGGAAGAAGAGUCUUAUUAGUGUAGUUGUUUAUAUCAUGAGGACUUAUGAAUGUGGUCUUUCAAAAAGGCUGCUUUUCUGUGGUUGUCUGUCUUUUAAUGUUCUCUAUAAUGAGGCGGUUAUGGGUCUCUUGAUUGGC